GCGCCCUGCACUUCGUGGCUUCCGAGGUUGCUAAAUGGUAGGUGGUUGCCUGGUAGCUGUUUCCAUGCCAAUGGCUUAACUGUAAAACUUUAGCCCAAUACGAUUUACCGUCCCUUCACCGGGAGACCUCGUCCUCCAACCUCAACACGCCGGACAUAGUUCCUGACGUCCUGCCAUCUCACACUCCUGCGCCUCUCUCCGUCAACUUCGCCACUGCACAACGCCAUGACCGACAUCACCAACUAUGGCCUGAAGGCCAUGGUUCAGUGGAGCAAGAUCUGGGUAGAGCGCGGUAUGGAAAAGCGCGGUAUGGAAGGGCGGGAAUUUGACGAUGAGGACAUGGAUGAACUGCAAGAGUGGGUCAACGACGAGCUUGACCCGUCUCACCAACUUGACGCGCCGACCGUCGAGGCAAUCUUCCUCAACCUUAACGAAAGCCCGCUCACCGACCGCCCAGCGACCAGCGUAGGUGAGAAGAAGCGCGAUGAUUCUCACUUCGAUCGCGUGGUGGAAGAAGCUUUCAAGGCGUUCCGAGACCAGGAGCGAGAUAUUGUUCUCAAUGCGCCGAGGGGCUGUGUCGCAAGCAAUCCAGUCGCAGGCUUUGAGGAGUUGCCUGCCCUCCAUCGCAGCGACAAUUGCCCCGAGGGCCAGUUUUGGGCGGGCGCAGCCCACCUGCGCCACCACAUCGAAAUUCUGCUUACUCUCAAAGGAGUCAAGCCGUGCGUGAUGUUCUACAGGUUCGUAGGCGGAAAUAAGCGGUUGUUCUCUUCCGUCGUCAUCGACUGCCUCGUCCCCAUCAUGAACCGAUUUGACCUUUGGUCCUACGGAUUUCGCAUUAGUUUCAAGAGUGGAUGCUGGGUCUUCUAUGAUGCCCGAUUCCAGAAGAUGCCCCUAAUCACUAAGGUCUUCCUGACCCACGAAACAGUCAUGCAGGCGGAUCCCGAUACAUACGAUCCGCAAUAUUAUCCUGGUGUCCCUGACAGCUUGUGUGCUGAGGUGCUUGGAUACCCAGUCCCAUUUGAAGAUUUUCAAAAGGGAUAUUCUGUCAUCUUUCGUGACACCACGGAGAUGGAGGUCUUGGCCACUCGUGGCUGGCCCGAGGACGAACGCUGCUGUGUUCAAGCCAUGCACUUCACUUGUCCGGAGGGGCCCAACAGGGAAGGAAACAGCUGGAAUACGGUUAACGAAUUCUUUCUUCGGUGUCGUGCAGCCGCCAGGACGGUGGGAACUGAUCUGUGUCUGUGUGUUUGAUUAACCUGAGAUGACCGUCUGGCUGGAGCAAAACCCGGGAGUUCUUGAUGAACUGGUCAUGUCUUGGCGGAAGUACGCCCCUCUCCGAUGAGUAGCUAUUGUUUGCAAAGACCAUGAGGACAUUGAGUGGAGCGUACUGUGAGAACAUGACCUUAGACGGAUUGAAUGCGCGGCAGGGAAGAAUCGGCAUCAGACUCCCAACGCCGGAUGAGUAAGGUUAGGGGUCGGGCGACUACGUUUGAGUUUCAGUCUGAUCCAGCAUGAAUAGGGACAACUUGGCAUUCAGAGGCGGCUUGGGCCGUGGAGAUUAUUAGCCAUUCUCAAUUAAUUUCGCAACACAGAGUGGCACCCUACAUAUACUAGUAUAGCCUGCCUAG